AUGUCGCAGGCCGUCGCUGCCACGGGCGCCGACCCGGACGCCGUGCAGCGCUUCAUCGAGGCCCUCUUCCUCGCGCAGCCGUCUGCCGAUGGCGUGCGCGAGGCGCUGCGCCGCUACACCAGCCGCACGCACGUUGCCGGCACCGCGGCGGACCGCGAGUCGGCGCUGGCACUCAUGAUGGAGUGGGGCACGGCGCUCGACGCCGACCUGCCGGCGCCCGACAAGCGGGAGGAGCUGCUCUUUGACGCGGGCGUGAGUGGAGCCCGCUGUGCGGCACCGCCGCACCCGCUCGGCGAGCCGCGCGUGUGGACCGACACGUACUCGUCGUGGCUCAACUACCCCGUCUCGGCCUCGCUGAGCCUCAGCGAGCCGGGCGCCGCCAGCCCCUACUGGACGGCCGCGCUCAAGGAGGACGUGCUGCCGGGCGCCGCCGAGGGCAUGCCCGUGUUCCACGGCUACUCCAAGAGCGGCUCGGCCAGCGGCCCCGUCGUGUACGCGGCGCUGUGCAGCAAGAAGGACUUUGAGCGCCUCGCCGCGCUCGGCGUCGAGGUCAAGGGCGCCGUGACGCUGUGCCGCUACGGCGGCCCGUUCCGCGGCCUCAAGGUGCGCGCCUCGGCCGACGCCGGCGCCGUCGGCACGCUCAUCUACAGCGACCCGGCCGAGGACGGCGAGAUGACCGAGGCCAACGGCCACGCCGCGUACCCCGACGGCCCGGCGCGCAACCCGUCGUCGGUGCAGCGCGGCUCCGUGCAGGCGCUCUCGAUUGCGCCCGGCGACGCCUCGACCAUCGGCUACCCGUCGUACCGCAACGCCACGCGCCCCGCGCCCGAGGACUGCGACUCGCUGCCCGCCAUCCCGUCGCUGCCGAUCUCCUACGCCGACGCCAAGGCGCUGCUCGUCGCGCUGCAGGGCCACGGCACGCGCGCCAAGGACGUCGGCGAGAACUGGGAGGGCAAGGUGCCGGGCGUCGACGAGUACUGGACGGGCCCGAGCGAGCACAUUGCCGCGCUCGACAACCAGAUGACGGACAUUGCCGAGACGCACGACAUCUGGAACGCGUACGCGCUCAUCCCGGGCUUCCUCGAGGACGAGCUGGUCGUCAUUGGCAACCAUCGCGACGCGUGGACGUUCGGCGGCGCCGACCCCUCGAGCGGCACGGCGACAACGAGCGAGGUGGUCAAGGCGCUCGGGGCGCUCACCAAGAUUGGCUGGCGCCCGCUGCGCACCAUCCUCAUCGCCUCGUGGGACGCCGAGGAGUACGGCCUCAUCGCGAGCACCGAGUUCGUCGAGGACUACCCGAAGUUCCUCGAGCGCGCCGUGGCCUACCUCAACAUCGACGUGGCCGUCGCCGGCUCGCAGAUCGACGCGCAGGCCUCGCCCUCGCUCGCGGGUCUGAUGCUCGACGCCGCCGCCGAGAUCGCCGACCCCGAGACCAACGGCACGGCCAACAUCAAGCUCGAGUACCCGGGCCCGCUGGGCUCCGGCUCGGACUUUACCGGCUUCCUGCAGCACCUCGGCAUUGCCUCGACGAAUGUCGGCUACGGCCGCAAGAAGACGGACCCCGUGUACCACUACCACUCCAACUACGACACGUUCGAGUGGAUGGAGCAGUUCGGCGACCCGACGUUCGAGCGCCAUCUGGCCGUGUCCAAGCUGCUGGGCCUGACGGCGCUGCGCACGGCGUCGGCCCUGACGGUGCCGAUUGACACGGCCGCCUACGCCAAGCAGCUGUCGGUGUACCUCGGCAAGGUCGACAAGCUCGUCGACGAGGCGAAGCUGCCGCACGUCGCAGACGCACGCUUGCGCAAGGACCUGCACAAGCUGGGCGGAGCCAUCAAGAAGGUGCAGCACAACGCGGACAAGCUGGAGAAGCGCAAGGCGCACCUCGUCAAAGAGGUCAAGGCGCUGCUCUCUGGCCACAAGAAGGGCUACACGGAGCUGCUGGCGCAGCAGGCGCCGCUCAAGAAGCACAAGCACGGCAAGCCCGACGACUCGGAGCGCCUGCGCGCCCUGCUGCUCGCCAUUCGCGAUGCCAACGCGGCCAGCAAGGCGUUUGAGCGCGGCUUCAUCUCGAAGCACGGCCUGCCGCUGCGCCCGUGGUACCGCCACCUCGGCGUCGCGCCCGGACGCUGGCUCGGCUACGGCGCGACGACCUUCCCGGCGCUGACCGAGGCCCUCACGCUCGACGGCGGCAAGGGCGCGAGCGAGGCCGCGCAGGAGCUGGCGGAGAAGCUCGAGCGCCUGGCCCACACGAUCAAGCCGCACGGCCACCCGCACUUUGCGCACGCCCACUGA